AUGAUGACGUGCCGUCUGCUGUGCGCCCUGUUGGUGCUCGCCCUGUGCUGCUGCCCGUCAGUGGGCGCCGCAGAGAAUAAGAAGGAGAGUAGGGAGAAGACUGAAGUUGAUACGAAGGGAAAGGGCUCCAAGAUGCUGUCCACUACACCAAAAACUAAGCCGGCUACGAAAGCAGAAGAAGAUGACGGAGGGGGACCAGGUACGACCGCUCCGGGACCAAUAUCAGGUGAUGCGGCCGUUACGUUACAGGCAGAAGGUAGUGACGAUAAGAAACGGUUACAGAGUAGCACGAAUACAUUCGCAGGCAAAGAAGAUCAGGAAGCCAAAGAUCCUGCCGCGACGACCACGACGACGUCUACAACAAUGGCACCAACCACGACAACCACCACCGCGCCAGAGGCACCAAGUACGACGACCACUACGACAGAGACACCAACCACGACGACCACCCGCGCACCGUCACUUCUUCGCGAAAUCGACGGCAGCCUCAGCAGCUCUGCGUGGGUGUGUGCCCCGCUGCUGCUCGCCGCAUCCGCGCUGGCGUGCACCGCUGUGGGCUGA